UUCGAGGAGCAGUUAGUGAGCAGCGAGUUUGUGGGCAGCCAGCUAGAGGAGAGCAGUAGAAGCGCCACGGAGGAUGCUCAGUCAAGGUUUUCAGUAGCAACAACUUCAAAGAUUAUUAGUUAUUUACAUUUAUGAUUAUGAGUACAGACUGGAGAUUAUUUGGAGAUCAGAUUGAGAUUUUAAAGUUUGAGUUUGAUUUGCC